AUGCUGGUCAGUUCCUCUGAGGAGUAUGAUACAACUAGUUCUGAUAUGGAUUGGAUAGAUAGAUUCGUAGAUGGAUUUACAGACCAAAUAAUUCUAAGAGUGGAUCAGUCAUUCAUUGAUGACCCAUUCAAUUUAUUCGGUAUCUCAGAUAUAAUAAAGGGUUAUGAUAAAGCAAUUAAAGCAUUCAGAGGUGAAGACAUCUACAUACCACCAGAAAUAAGCGUGUCCCUGUACUAUAUGAUACACCAAAGAUAUAUACUAACCAAGAAAGGAUUAGAUUCAAUGCAUAGUGUAAUAAGUUCUGGUGUAUACGGUAAGUGCCCCAGGGUUACCUGUAAUGGAUACCCUUUCUUACCAAUCGGGUUAUCAGAGACUCCUCAUAAAUCCAAUGCUAAAUUAUUCUGUAAUAAUUGUAAGGAGAUAUACGAACCAAGAAAUGAGUUAAGCCAAGUGGAUGGGUGUGCAUUUGGCUGCACAUUCCCGAAUUUAUUUAUUUUAAUGUAUAAAAAUUUAUUCCCGAAAAAAAAAGAAGAAAAUCAAAAAUAUAUUCCUAGAAUAUUCGGGUUUAAAGUGGUAAAUUAA